AAAUCUUCUCCUAUGCGCUCUGGCCGUCGCUGUUUGUUUGUUCGUGAUUUGGUGAUUACAAGAAUUUUAUAACAUAAUUGUUUUAUUCAUUUUUUCAUCAUGAGUGCUGCUACGGCUGAACCCGUGCGAGAAAAAUCGCUUCAAGAAUAUCGGAAGAAACUAAUUGAGCACAAAGAAGUCGAAAGUCGUCUCAAAGAAAUGAGAGAGCAGUUGAAAGACCUUACAAAACAGUAUGAUAAAUCUGAAAAUGAUCUCAAAGCUCUUCAAAGUGUUGGCCAGAUUGUUGGUGAAGUAUUAAAGCAACUUACUGAGGAAAAGUUCAUUGUUAAAGCAACUAAUGGGCCUCGAUACGUUGUUGGAUGUAGAAGACAGCUCGAUAAGAAGAAAUUAAAAUCUGGUACUCGUGUAGCUCUAGACAUGACAACUCUCACAAUAAUGAGGUAUUUACCUCGUGAAGUUGAUCCGCUAGUCUAUAAUAUGUCUCAUGAAGAUCCUGGUGUUGUUACUUAUUCAAUGAUUGGAGGUCUUGCAGAGCAGAUACAAGAAUUGAGAGAGGUUAUUGAACUACCUCUAAAGAACCCAGAGCUCUUCCAAAGAGUUGGUAUCACUCCUCCUAAAGGUUGUCUGCUGUAUGGCCCACCUGGAACAGGGAAAACCCUUCUCGCUAGAGCUGUCGCCAGUAUGUUGGAUGCUAAUUUCUUAAAGGUUGUAUCAAGUGCUAUUGUUGACAAGUACAUCGGAGAGAGUGCUCGGCUGAUUCGUGAAAUGUUCAACUAUGCCAGAGAUCAUCAACCUUGCAUAAUAUUCAUGGAUGAAAUUGAUGCAAUUGGUGGAAAAAGGUUUUCUGAAGGUACAUCGGCUGAUCGUGAAAUUCAGCGUACUUUGAUGGAGCUUCUCAAUCAAAUGGAUGGCUUUGACUCUUUAGGACAGGUGAAAAUGAUCAUGGCUACAAAUCGUCCUGACACACUAGAUCCUGCCUUACUGCGACCAGGUCGUCUUGACAGGAAAAUUGAAAUUCCCCUCCCUAAUGAACAAGCCAGGCUUGAAAUUUUGAAAAUUCAUGGGCGGCCCAUGUCCAAGCAUGGUGACAUAGAUUAUGAAGCAGUUGUGAAACUAUCAGAUUCAUUCAAUGGCGCUGAUUUACGGAAUGUGUGUACCGAAGCUGGAUUAUUUGCCAUUCGAGCAGAAAGAGAAUAUGUUAUUCAAGAAGAUUUUAUGAAAGCUGUACGUAAGGUUGCAGAUAAUAAGAAACUAGAAUCUAAGUUAGAUUACAAGCCAAUAUAAGAAAAUACAUUGUACAAAUCCUAAGCUUUUUUAAUUGUUUAUAAAUUGUUUAAUUUUAGAGUAUUUUGUAAUAUUAAUACCAUUUGUAAUAAACUAAUUUUUACUGUCUGUAUAAGAUCA